UCAAGAAGCCGCAAUUUCUGGCAUCAUAACAAACAAAUAAUAAAAAACGAAAAAUAUAUUAUUCACAUGUGAUGGAGGCUAUUAAUUUCAACGAUUUCACGCCCAAGGAGCGCUAUGAGAUAAUCAAAGACUUUCUGGUGAAAAUGCGUAGUGCCGAUUCAAUGCCAAGCAAGGACUUACAUGUGCAACGAUUCUUCGACCACUAUUUGCGAAAAUUCUACAAACUGCCAAAAAAGUUGGUUAAUGAUAUUGCCUACUGCCAAAGGGCCAUGAAAACCCAUCUGGCGAUCCAUCAGACAAUCGUUAGUGUUUUCGGCACACAGGCGGAUGCAGAUCCAGUGAUCAAAAACAACUACAUCAACGAACUGGAGGAGAUGCUGUACGAAAUGAAUGCGGAAUGUCACUACUUGGUACUUCGCCUCCAGGACGACAUAGAUCGUUUUUGCUUGGCCUUCACGGAGCAGGACCUUAAGCCCAACGAACUGGUGGUUAGGGAAAUCGUAAGUGAAGCCAUUGUGCCGCUCAUCAUUGGCCCGGAACUUUCCAUAAGACCGCAUUUCGUAAUGGAGCGACCCACUGAGAGCCAGCUGCUUAAGAAGUAUUUCAUAAUAGACGGUAUAGAACCCGGCGUUGAAGUUCAAACCCCCGCUGUUGAACCUCCGAAACCACCGCGCCCUUCAAACACCAAUCCGGAGGUGAAGAAAAGUCGUCUCAACCUGCAAGCAGCUCUCAAACGGGCUCGUUCCAAUACCAAGCCAGCAGAGAAGAACCAAGAAGAUGAACAUCCUCAACAUUCCAAGGAUUUCUUUAUGCAAUCCGUAGGUCUGUGUACGCAUUUAGAGCAUGAACGGAAGAAGUUAUCGAUGGUUUUGCACCAGAAACGUAAGCCGAAGCCAACUGAGAAAACUAAAUAGUUUCCGCCAUCACUUAAAAUGAAAACGCCUCUUUUGUUUUGUUUCCAAAAAUUAUUAUAAGAAGAUUAUAAAGCUAAUGUGACGAAAUCACAGGGUAAAACGAAUAAACCUUGUAGAACAAUUAGGGUUAA